GGGCCACUUGGUUAGCACAUCCACAGAAACUUCGGCUACCUGUCAGAAGUUUGUACCUUGGACGAUUGUUCUACUCCGUAUGUAUACCAGGCCUGAAACACUGCAGUGGACGUCGUCAUCAGCAAGCUGACAGGUGCUGACCCAACGCUUGUCAACGGCAUCGCACCGUAAUGUGGCGGCUGCACAUUCCUGCCAAUCACCGCAAUCUUGGCCUUCUCUUGAUGAUUCCAGCCUGCACGCGUCUUGCACUACCUGGGUGCAUUGUAGCAUGCUUGGACUCAUGUGCCAAGCCUGGUUCGCACUACUCUAUGUCUUAUUGGGUCAAUGGCUUCAGACCGGAAAAAGCCAUGAGAAGUGACGAUGAAGGAAUGGAGGAACAACCCAUGAUUGCGAUCCAGAGGGCAGUUCAGUGAGGCGGAUUAAACAUCUCUCCAUUUAGCUCUUGCAUUUACAAUCGUCAAAGGACAUGCUAUCGUUAGUAGGCGGGGAUUGUGGCGAGUCACCCUAGUCCAGCAGCUUCUCUUGAUAAGCACACGUAUCUAUGCAGACUGAAUCAGUAUCGCAACGCUGCUCUAUGUCGUUUCUCGCUUCGGCGCAGAAACGCUGCAACCCGCUGCGUAACUGGAUACCUUGUCUAUUCAACUUGGACGAUGACCUGAAC